AUGCACUUCUCAGGGUCAUUUGUGGCCAGUACAAACUGUACCGAGUGGCUUCGAAGUUAUCCUAUGCGGACAGCUCUAGGAUUGGAUCUCGACCUUGAGGCAUUGCAGCUGUGUCUGGAGAAUAACAUCAACAAAGUUGGGGCUGACGAGUAUUCCAGAAUAUCCCUCUUUCAUGGGAAUGUGUUGAAUCCUUGUGAGGCAAUAUUAGUCGGCUUCAAGCCACAAGAGCUAAGAAGGAACAUUCAGUUGGAGGAAAGUGAUUAUAAUUCCAAGAUUGCUGCAACAGAACCUAACAUGCUUGAGGGCUCUACUGCUUCAAAAAAUGAAGAGUCCAUUAAGGCAGAUGCUAAAAUACCUGCAAGAGACAUUAUAUGCGCUUUUGAUUACAGUUGUUGUUGUCUCCAUAAACGUGCGGAACUUGUUUUGUGUUUCAAGCAUGUUCUUGAAGCCUUGUCUAAAAAGGGUGGUAUAUUUUUUAUGGAUAUAUACGGUGGCACAUCGUUCGAGCAGUCCUUGAGACUUCAAAGGGGAUUUCCCAGUUAUAUGUAUAUUUGGGAGCAAGCUGAAUUUGGCAUCAUCGGACGCCAAACAAGGACUGGUUUGUCCUUUCAGUUCAAUAACUUGCCCUCGAAUUCGAUUACAUGGCAGCUUAAAUGUCCAGGUGGUCGUUGCCAGCGAUUAGAGACUGGAUUUCAGUCUGUCCAGUUCUGGCUUCGAGAGAUGCCGGACAUGAAAGAAAACAGAAGCACAGAGGGAUUUAGAAUCGGGUGA